AUGGAAGUAGAAUCGAUGGAAAUAAGUCCUUCAAAGCUCAAAUUUGAAGAGGAAGAAGUAGGAGCAUCGAAAACCGAAGCAUCUAUCAGAGCAAAAAUUGGAGGCAUGAUUCUGAAAAAACUCGAUGUCAGCAGCAAAACUUGCGAAGUUGACUGGGUCUUGGAUCUGG